AUGGCUUCGAAACUGCCUGCUCGCUCAUUCAGAGCUGUUUCGUCCUCGGUGCGCCCUCGUUCGACAUGUCUUAGAGCCUCCAAUUUAUCGACCGCCGUAUCCCAGAGACGCGUACUGUCGACGGAGUCAUCGCUGGAGAGCACUCAGGCUAAUGAGACAGCGAAACCCCGCUGGUCGUACACUCCUCCAGGCGCCAAAGCGCCAUUCAGGUUACGAUACAAUCCCAAUCGCCCCGAGUUCCCCGUGAACGAGGAUCCUGCGGUUCUCGACCAGUUCUACAUUCGGUUCCUUGGAAAUGGGGGGGACAAGCUUCUUUCCGAAGAGAUCAAAUGGCUCGCUGUUACGCACAAGAGUUUUGAUCAGGGACGGAGAGGAUUCAAUGACCGUCUAGCAUUUCUGGGCAAGCGGAUAGUCCAACUACAGGCUUCCCUGGCUCUGGUGCAAGAUGCGGGCAAUUUCGCAAGAAAGGUCCCGGAGGACCCUCAUGGACGACAACCGUUCACACACCCUGCCCUGGACGGCUUAAACAAUCUCUCCAGCAACACCAAGGGUUUCCUUACGAGCAAGAUAAAACUCUCAGAGCUGGCCCAGAAGUACGACCUGCAGAAGGUCGUCAGAUGGUGCCCAAGAAUGCCUAACGACUUGCGCGCCUCGGGAAUCGACGUCGUUCUCGCUCACACCAUGUACGCGAUCAUUGGUGCUAUUGCGCUUGAGAAGGGUGGUCUGGUUGCCAACAAGGUUGCGCAAGAACGGAUACUGGCUCCCUUGGGCUUGAAGUCAACGAUUUCUUGA